GUGAUCGAACAGCUCUUUGACUUUUUGAUAUGUAUUAAAGAGUAUUUUCGCCACUGUCCGCUUCGAAUACCUCAUUCAGCAGUAAUAUUUCUCUGGUAGCAUUUGUGAAUUUGCCUUGAAAUCGGACAGGAUUUCGAUCUAUCAUGACGCGGUCGUCUUCACGUCGUGACGUCGCUUCCGCUUCAGCCGUAACGAAGAGAAAGAAGUCAGCGACAACUCCAUUGGACUCUCGAAGAUCCAAACGGGGAAAACCUUCAACUACAACUUCGGAAGUUUCUGAUGUUACUCCACGUCGUAGUCGGUAUUUUGAGAAAAAUAAUUUGGAAAAUACCUCUGAUCUUGACUCUGAAGCCUCUGGGGAAGUUUCCCAGGAAGACGAUGCCAUCCAAAUAAGAACUCUCAAUACUUCCUCUCGCAAGUCAUCGAAAAAAGGAGAGGAGCUAUGGAGACCCGGAAUCAAAACUGGGCUUGGACCAGGAAAAGAGGUCUUCGUUGAACUUCCAAAAGCAAGGGAGGCCGGAAGCAUCCCUUAUAUGAAGACAACUAUACAUCCCAACACGUUACUAUUUCUUGGUGACCUCCGCAAUAAUAAUGAUAGGGAAUGGCUUAAAGUACAUGACGCGGACUAUCGAACCUCCCAGAAUGACUUCAAUUCAUUCAUUGAACACCUUACAGAGAAGAUCAUUGAAAAGGAUGAGACGAUUCCUGAGCUUCCUGUCAAAGAUAUAAUAUUUCGAAUCUACCGGGAUAUACGAUUCUCAAAAGAUCCCACGCCGUACAAGAUCUACUUUUCCGCUGCAUGGUCUCGUACAGGCAGAAAAGGUCCAUACGCUGCUUACUAUCUCCAAAUUCAACCUGGACAGACUUUUGUCGGUGGAGGGUUAUGGAUGCCUGAAGCGCGUUCGCUGGAAUUUCUUCGUCGAGACGUCGACCGCAAACCUCAUAAACUCAAACAGGUGCUGUUAGAAGCGCGCUUGAGGAAAGAGUUCCUUGGAGGCGUAGGAAAGGAUGAAAAGAAGGCCGUGAAAGCUUUUGCGGCUCACAACUCGGACACUGCUUUGAAAACGAAGCCAAAGGGCUAUGCACUGGAGAACGAAAACAUUGAACUCCUACGGCUGCGCAGCUACACAGUGGGCAAGAGGCUAAGGGAUGAAGAGAUUGUCGGACCGGACGCCUUGGACCGGAUUGCCGAGCUGAUUGGCAUUUUGACUCCUUUCAUUACCUACCUGAACAGCGUCGUCAUGCCCGACGAUGACGGCAGCGAAGAUUCAUCGGACGAGAAUAAUGGAGCUGGUGGGGCAGAUUAAAGCUACCAGGGCAUGAGGCGCGGGCCGCAAAGUGGAUUGGUCUUCGCCUUUACAUGAAUGGUAGGGAACAACAGCAGGAAGUGAGCGAUCAUAUUUGCCUCAACCCCCUUUCAAUGGUCGUUUGAGGCCGUCGUCUUGCAGUACGCUUUUCGGUCCUUCCGAUCUGCAAGCAUGGGGUGUCAAUAUUAUCUACCGUAAUGCCACGUCGGCCAAGAUUGAUUCCCUUGUAUUGGAUGAUGACUGUCGGGGGUAUAAGGGGUGUUCGAUCAAUGCUCAACCGUCCACGGUUCCCAUCGAGGUCAAAGCUAAUACGGGGACCGGCCGAUCAAUGGCUCCAAGACGUACCAUAGCCUACCAUACAAA